AUGGAUCCCGUUGGUAUUGCCGGCCUCGGUGGGCUUUUUGCCUCUGUCAUGGGUGCCAUCGACCGGGCUAAAGAUUAUCGAUCAUUUGCGGCUGAUUCAAGUACACUUGAUACCCGAUUUGACGGCUUCAGAGCGAAGCUGGCACAAUGGGGCAAAGAAAUUGGGAUCGAUCAUGGCCAGUUCCCAGCCGACCACAAAGCAAGAUUGGAUCCGCAAACGCUCGCUGCUGCAGAACGGCUAUUGCAACUAGCCAAAGAAGUUCUGGCUCUCGGUGAAUCGUCUCGUGCCAGGGCAAAGGUUCUUGCGGUCCACCCCCCCUUCAAACCGGCCAGCUCCCGCCGCCAGAAACUCAGAUGGGCACUGGGAGGCAAAGCAGUUCGGUCUAAAAACGUGCAGCUAUUUGGCGAGAUUGUCCAACAACUAUGUGAACUGGUCCCGAGUCAACCAACAGGUGGCAAGCAGAUGGGCCACGCGACACAGAUAGGCUCUACCCUUUCAGACGCGUACCCAAGUCUGCAAGAAUUUCUUUCUGAGAUUCGGCAGACGAAUUCUCAGAUAAUUUCAGAGCAGAAAACCUAUAUGCAGCAUGAGUUAACUACAUGGUUACUGGGGCACACAGUUCCAAACGAAACCUACCAUGAAUCCAUAGAAAAGAGGCUUCCAGGGACUUGCAACUGGAUAUUCGACCAACAAGAAUUUCUUGAUUGGGAAAAGAAAGACAUAUCUGGGCCAACACGGCCGCUCCUUUGGAUUUAUGGUCAGGCCGGGUUUGGAAAAACGGUCCUUUGCGCCCAGAUUGUACAAAAGCUGAUAGAACAAGGGGAUAGGCCAGUGGCAUAUUUCUUCUUCUCUUCCAACUUUGACAGCAGAGAUGAUCCGUAUGCUGCUUUAAGGUCUUGUGUCUUACAGCUUAGUUCGAAUUACCCUGUCGCCUUCGAAAUCGCCUGCGACAAAUGGAGUGAGAUGACGGACCAGUCGAUGGCCUCGCGGCUUGUUAUUGUCCAACUUCUUCAUCAGAUCCUUGAGGAAAUACCCUGGUGCACACUGGUCAUUGACGGGCUCGACGAGUGCACAGCAGUGCGAAAAGAACAAGGCAAUGUUGAGAGAUUUCUUCUCGACAUACGUGGCAUCAUGGCUGAUACUACACGCCUCUUAAUCGUUAGUCGCGAUGAGCCCGAGAUCCGACAAGCCUUGGAAUGUGAUGGACACGACAUGUUGAGUCAAUUCAAGAUAUGCCCCGAUCAUGUAAAAGAUGACACCAAUACGUUGUCCCAUCACAUAGUGAACACAAAGUUGCCGAAUAAGACUGAAGAGAUCAGAAAGGACCUCUCGGAACGACUGAGCUCCCGGUGCGAUGGCCAGUUCAUUUGGUUAAUGAUGCAACAAGGUUCUCUCAGAAAGGGCAGCAACUUCAAGGCUCUGAAAAGAGCUAUUGACGAGACUCCUACUGGGCUUGAUCAGCUCUAUAGGCGGAAUUGGGACUCUAUACUAGCAUAUGGAGAAAGAGAUCGACAGCAAGCCUUUGCCCUUCUUCGCUGGGCUGCUUUCUCAUCAAGACCGCUGACCAUUGGCGAAAUAGCCGAGGCUAUUCUUUUGGAUGAGACCCUCGAUGACUUUCCCAUAGAUGAGCUACCUGAUUCCAUCGACGACGAUUAUAUCAAUACUGAAAUUGCUGGACUGUGCGGGCCGCUCGUGGAGGUCAGAAGCAAGUCCAAGGAUCAACAACCGCAACUUCGCACAAUACAUAUUGCACAUUUCAGCAUCAGAGAAUAUCUGAUAUGCAAAAUGCCAAUCGGGAAUCUGCUAUCAAAUGAGUCCCUCCAGGUGUCAAGUGAACGAGCACAUCAAUCAUUUCUUGCUCGCCUUUGCCUUAAAUAUAUUACGUGCCGUAGCACGUGGAACGCUACCGGAUCGACAAAUUUCAUCAAGUUUCUCCGAGACUAUGCUGCUAUCUCAUGGCCCAGUUGUAUCGAAUAUUCCAAAGACGACGAAAAGGACUCGAAGCUGCUAGAUCUGGCUUCGAACUUCAUGGCAGAAUCCCACCCUUGUUGGAGCUCAUGGAUACAAUGGUUUGACCAACAAGACAAUGAUGCAGAAGCCAUCGAAGUAAGGCAACGAGUUUCAGGACCUUCAGAGCCUCUGUACUACGCGUUGAGAUUGGGUCUUCAUGAAUUUGCUUCCAAAUUAAUGCUUUCACGCUCAUCCCGUGGGGGAGAUGAUAAUAAGGGAAGGUCGGCCCUCUAUCUUGCAUGCCUCACGGGAAACAGCAAAGUGGCGACAGCACUGAUCGGAGGAGAAGGUAAUUCAUUAUUGAACGCGCGUGGACUAUCGGGAAGAACCAUAUUGUUGGAGGCAGUUUAUUCUCUGGACAAGAAUAUGGUACAAAUGCUAUUGGAGAUGGGGGCUGAUGUGUCUAUUCCUGAUGACGAAGGCUGGGGACCACUUGCACUAGCAGCCUUCGUGGGCCAUGAUGAGAUACUCUCUCUCAUGCUUGACAGAGGCGCUGACUUAGCUAAUCUAGCCGUCAAGAUAGGCAAGAAACGGAGACUGCUUUCAAUAGCAGCUGAACACGGCCAUCUCGAGAUCGUCCGUAUUCUGCUCCAUAGAGGGGCUGAUAUAUCGGUUGCUGAUGAAGAUGGCUGGACACCCCUUAUAUGGGCAGCCUAUAAUGGCAAUUUUGAGACUGUCCGCUUCCUAAUUGAGAAAGGAGCCGAUGUCUCAGUUGCCGAUGAAUAUGGAUUGACACCAAUUCACGCUGCUGCUCGACAGGGCCAUAUGGAAGUAGUUUGCUUACUUCUUGAUGGAGGGGCUGAUCAUUCUAUCACCGAUAGUGAAGGAUGCACGCCACUGUAUAGAGCAGCUCAAUUUGGCCUUCUCGAAGUAGUUUGUUUCCUUCUUGACAGAGGGGCGGAUCAUUCUGCAAAGUGCUAUAGAGGGUGGUCACCACUUUCACACGCAGCUGCCAACAAUCACGUCGAAGUAGUUCGCUUACUUCUUGAUAGAGGCGUGGAUCAUUACAUCACAGAUAAUCGUGGAUUGACGCCACUUGUUCAUGCAGCUCUAGCUGAUCGUCUCGACAUUGUUACGUUCCUCCUUGAGAGGGUAAGCCGUGGUCUAGACGAAAAAAAUGACAGGAAACAAAUUUCGAUGGAUGAAUCUGCGCGCAGUAGUCCACCAGCCUCGCGGCGGGUAGCGCUGGAAAAUUAUAUCAACAAAGCGAAUUACAUUGGGAGAGCGGCACUCUUCUAUGCUUGCCGGAAUGGAAAUGCCGAAAUGGUCAGAGUUCUCAUAACCAAUGCCGAUCUUGAACCCAUGAUGCCUGAUUACUUUGCCUUGACGCCACUCUACGCCGCAGUCAUACACGGGCAUUACAGCGUUGGCUUUACGCUCCAUCAGCUCCGAGGUUUCACAGCUUCUAAGAGACCAUUGUCGGAAAUACAGUAUUGCCUUAGAAUUGGAGGAUCUGCCCCCAAACUCUCCCUGGGCUUUAUGGGAGAAGAACAUGUUUGA